AUGGGAGAUGGAGAAGACCUGGUGCAUCAGAUGUUUGCACAACGUGUGAUGUACCUUGCUGAAUACAGAAACAAGCUUUAUGACUAUCUUGUUGCCAAAAUGAGUGACAUAGCACCAAAUUUGGCUGCAUUAUUUGGUGAAGUUGUUGGAGCUCGUUUGAUAUCUCAUGCUGGAAGCCUCACAAAUCUUUCAAAAUGCUCUUCUUUUACCCUUCAAAUCCUUGGUGCUGAAAAAGCCCUUUUCAGGUCAAAUAUCAUUAUCCACAACCACUGA